UUUUUGGUAUUAUUUUCACAACUCCUAAAAUACUCCAGUGAUAGGGUCUGCGCUUUACUCUUUCAAAGAGGAGUGCAACUGCUAUUGCAAUUUUAUUUUGAAUUUCAUUCGAUGGCGGCAGGGAAUUGGGCAAACGAAGACGAACUGGAGCUCGUUAACGAGGAUGGCUUCGUCUACAAGCGUCGGAAGAAGUUUCAUCUUAACCCAACCGCUGCUCCGAAGCUAAAAGAUCCGGCAGUUGAGGAGAAGAAUCGACUGCAAAGGAAGAAAAAGGUGCUCAUGAAAAUCAAAGAGAGAUACCAAAACGAGAUCAACCAGUGGGAACUUUUAUCAACAACAUUGAGUGAAAUGCAGCAAAGUCAGCCAACUCCUUAUCAAGAAAGGGACACUCUAUCAUUCAACCCGCCGGUCAUGUCAUCGGAUCCGACUUGCCAACCUCUUGUUGAUCAGCUCCUUACUCAGGUUGAAGCACAGGAGGCUGUAAUUGGCAACAUAUCAAAACUUUGUGAUGUUGUUGAAGCUGUCUGGACUGCACAAGAAGAAAAAAUGAAACAGUCAGUUUUGGACCUCCCAAUCUGGGCACACACACCUGUUGAACUUAUUUCUUCCCUGUGUUCAGAUUAAGUUCUGCAAGAGAACUUUACCAGGGAAAAAUUACGUCAAUGUGUCUUCGGGCUUGUUACCUUUAUUCAGUUUCUUAGUUUGAGUUUGUUUUGUAUAUAUUCUUCUUGGACCUUCCCGCGUCAAAUGAUGGGAAUGACCACUUAGAUUCAGGAAUCCUCUGUUGUUAGAAAGGAGUGAGAUGUAGUUGUGUAACAUCUUUGUAAUGUUUAACAUCUUUUCCCUGUUCACCUGAAUAUAUUUGGCAGUCUUGUCAAUUUUUCUUGAAGUACGUAAAGGAGGAUGAGGUUGAUAGUUCCAUGAAAA